AUGGCGGACGAGGCGACUGCACCCGUGUCUGGCGACGCUACCAAGGUUGCCCAGGAGACCGCGCGCUCUACAGACGCCAUCGCGGAACCUGCCGUCGCCGAAGCAAAGCCAGCUGAGGGUGGCACCGUAGCCACAACAGGCGUCGCUGAAGUGCCCACGACCGACGCUCCUGAAGAACACGCCGCCGUGAAGGGGCGUGGUACUGCCGCCGCGCAGCCAGACACAACGACAGCAAGCCAUGAUGCAGAUGCUACACCUGCCGCCGAUGCACCACCAACAAACGGCACCCCUGUGGUUAAGAAGACAGCCAACGGCAAGCGCAAGUCGGGAGCUGGUGUGCCGGAGCACAAGAAGACCCCCGUUAAGGGAAAAAAGAAAGUACCCGAGCUUCGCCUGAACGUGUCGGCUGGCGACAUGUAUAUGGUGGCUAUGCGUGGUUACCAGCCAUGGCCAGUUAUCGUCUGUGAUGAAGAGAUGUUGCCCGAGCCACUUCUUAUCAAACGCCCCGUCAGCGCGAAGCGGAUUGAUGGCACAUAUCGAGAAGAUUUUGCAGAAGGCGGGAAGAAUGCUAAGGAUCGCCGGUACCCCGUCAUGUUCUUAGGUACCAACGAAUUUGCCUGGCAAGUCAAUACCGAACUAUUGAACUUCGACAUCGACGAUGUGAAGGCCGACGUCGCGUCUGGCAAACAGGGCAAGAAGAACAAGGCUCUCUGGGAAGCAUAUCAGAUCGCUGCUGAAGGUCACGACUUGUCUUAUUUCCAGGAAAUGCUAAAAGCUCAUGAGCAGGCUUUGCAAUUAGAGGCAGAGCAACGCGAGCAAAACGAGCUCCAGAAGAAGGAGAAGGCUGAAAAGGUUACGAAGCGCAAGAGUACGGCGGCGAUUGACUCAGAGGAUGCCGAGAUGGAGGAUGCCGGUGAUGAUGCCGCGCCGUCUGCUAAGAAGGCCAAUGUCUCCAAGAAGCGCAAGAAGGCUGACGAGAGCGAUGGCGAGAAUGACAAGCCCGUAAAGACUCCAAAGACGAAGUUGAAGUUGACGACCAAAACCCCGAAGGAGCCCUCAGCGGCAAAAGCGAAGAAAGAGGCCAAGGCAGCAAAGAAAUCGAGCGAAGAGGCCGAGCCAACGGCACCAGAAGAGCCAGCCCUGACUGAGGAAGAGUGGAAACAAAAACGCGAAAAGCAAGUUCUCUAUCUACGACAUCGCCUACAAAAGGGAUUCCUCUCGCGGGAUCAAGCUCCCAAGGAUGAAGACAUGGAAUUGAUGUCUGAUUACCUGAAGCAGCUCGAACAAAAUCUGGAUUUUGAGGCUGAAGUCAUCACGAAGACCAAGAUUAACAAGGUGCUCAAGGCUAUCAUCAAACUACACUCGAUCCCGAAAGAAGAAGAGUACCGGUUUAAGAAGCGAUCGAGCGAUCUCCUCAGCAAGUGGGGAUAUGCUCCAGCAACCGACAACGAGCCAGCAACCGCAACCGCGACUCCUGCGGCUGAGCCGGCUACCAACGGCGUCAAGCAUGAAGCCGAGGAGAAGAACCCUGAGCCUGCGAAGAAAGCCGACGCAUCCGCUGAACCUGCUGUCACCAAGAUUGCCGAUAAAGAUGGGGAUGUGACCAUGUCCGAGGCGGACAAGGAGGUGAUCGAGAACUCACGGGAAGUGAAGGCCGAGGCAGGAUCAAGCGCAACAUAA